GUCAGUUUUCGCUCGCUUUUGAUAAGCUCUCGGAGAAUGUAUUAGGAAAAAGAAUGUGUCAUCAGUGCGGUCGUGAAGUGUUGAAUCAUACCAGUAGCGGUGUUCUAUCGACACCACCAAGAUCAAGUGCACCGAGGCGGCCGUCUGCAGUUCUUCCCCUUCGUAGCUUGAAUAGGCGGAUGUAGAAUAAAGCGAUAUCCGGUUUCUGCUGACAAGCUGACACCAUGGUCUACUGGGAUCAGUUUUGGAACGACAUCUGCCCGACCGGGCUACGGCCAUGGGUGGAAACGAACAGUGAUUUGGCACCGUGCUUCCAGGAGUUGGUUCUGCAGCUACCGGUGCUCGUGCUGUUCGCCACAUUUUCCUCGUACUACUAUGGAACCCACUGGCGUAGGGUUUCACGCAACGAAACGCAACUACGGGCGCUUAGAGUGCGCAUUCUGGCCUCGAUUGCAAUGGCCAUCCUGCCGGCCCUGAAGGUGUUCUACAUCUUUCGCCUGCACCGACAGGUGUACCCGGUGGACAUACUGCUUGCCUGCGUCCAACUCGUUGCCUGGCCAAUCCAUGCCGGUUUCCUGUUGUCCUCGGUGCGGAAAGGAUCGCUCAGCCAUCGGGGUCCGCUAGUGCUGAUAGUACUAUGGACCUCCCUGCUCGCCUUGUGCAGCAUCUGGCUGCACACGAAUGUGCGUACGGAUUUUUGGCUGUGGUACCUUGCUCAUCUUGCCUUAUACCUGUGCUACGGUGGUACGCUUAUUCUUCCGGGCAACGCCCACUACUUGCGGCCCCGUCGAACGGAGGACGACGAACGACAGGCUCUGCUGUCGCAAUCCUACACACGCUUCUUCGAGGACAUCGAAGAAACUGCCCUCGGGCCGGUGGAGGACGAAGCGAAUGUGUUUUCUCGCUUGGUGUUCUACUGGGUACGACCGCUUAUCACCAAAGGAGCCGCCGGAAAGCUGCGACGCAACGACGAUCUGUUCGACCUACCCGAAGCGCUCACCCUUCAUCGCGUGACGGAGCUUCUUCAGUCGGCCCUAGAUGGAACGCGGUCCCUUUUCAAGGCCCUACACAAAUGCUUCGGUUGGGAGUUCUAUUUGAUCGGACUACUUCGAUUGCUGGGCGAUUUGUCGGGGUUCGCUGGACCUAUCCUACUCGGCAGCUUGUUGCGUACGGAGUAUAACGACACAUCUACGACGAUACCUUCUCCCGACGAUAUAGACACCGGUAAACCGGUCGAUUAUCGGCCGUACUACUACGCCCUAGGUCUGCUCAGUUCUACGGUGAUUAGUGCCUUUGCGGGGGUUCACUUCAACUGGCGUAUGACAUUCGUCAGUAGCAAAAUGCGUAUUGCCAUCGUGACGGCAAUCUACCAGAAAUCUCUCACGGCAAAACGACUCCAGACGGCGCGCCCGGAAAUCCUUAACCUCAUGUCCACCGACACCGAUCGAAUCGUAAACUCGUGCGUUUCGUUCCACUCCUUCUGGAGCAUUCCGUUCCAGUUGUUUACUACGCUGUACUUGCUCUACACACAGCUAGGAAUAGCGUUCGCUGCCGGAGUACUGUUUGCGGUUCUACUCAUCCCGAUCAACCGAAAGAUUACACAAAAGAUUGCCCAAUUGUCACAGGGUUUGAUGAGUGCCAAAGAUGCCCGCGUAACGGUCACCUCGGAGAGUAUCGGUGGCGCAAAGGACAUCAAGCUGAACGCCUGGGAGGACGUGUUCAUUACGAAAAUCCAACGCCUGCGAAGCGGCGAAAUCGGUUUCCUUUCCAAGCGAAAAUAUCUUGACGCGUUGUGUGUCUACUUUUGGGCCACCACACCCGUGCUGAUGUGUCUGUUCACCUUUGGCACGUCGGUACUGCUCGGCAAACCGCUUACCGCCGCGACGACCUACACCAGUGUGGCCCUUUUGAACAUGUUAAUCGGACCACUUAAUUCUUUUCCUUGGGUUUUGAACGGACUCGCCGAAGCAUGGGUUUCGCUCAAACGCGUUCAGGAGCUGCUGGACCUCCCCGAUGUUAACCUGGCGGAGUACUAUCGCGCCUUGGCACCAUCCGACACCACGUUCGCGAACUCGUCCAAGCGACCCACCAUCCUUGCGAUCAAGGACGCUCACUUCGAGUUUGCCACCAAACGUAGCCGCAAGGAACUGAACCUCGCACAGGACGAUAUCGUCGAUUUCGCCUUCGAGGGCCUCACGCUUCAGGUGCGCCAAGGAGAGCUGGUCUGCUUGGAAGGUCCGGUCGGCGGUGGUAAAUCGUCCCUUCUGCAGGUGAUUCUUGGCAACUUCCACAGCACGACCGGCGACGGCGCGGUCGCCAUCGGCACGGAUCUGAGCGAAGGGUUCGGCUACGUCGGCCAAAGUGCAUGGCUACAGCAGGGCACGAUUCGGGACAACAUCCUGUGGGGUGAAAUCUACGACGAUGCGCGAUACAAGGCGGUCAUUCAUGCGUGCGCCCUCCAGUACGAUCUGGAGGCAUUACGUAGCGCGGACAGCACGGGAGUCGGAGAACAAGGGCGCACCCUGUCCGGCGGACAAAAAGCACGCGUUGCGCUUGCACGGGCCAUCUAUCAGAACAAGAGCAUCUACCUGUUGGACGAUAUUCUUUCGGCACUGGAUGCACACGUCGCGUCUCACAUCAUCCGUCAUGCCGUGUUCGGGCUGCUAAAGGACAAAACGCGCAUCAUCGUGACACAGCAUCCGAUGGUGCUGAACCGGGCGUCCCAAAUUCUUCACGUCGAAAACGGUCGCGUGUCGCAAAGUGAUGUGCCGAAUGUUGGAUCGCUGCUCAGCGACUACGAUGACUACGAGGAGGACACACUCUCGAUGGCGGCUGCCACACGGGAAACGCCAGAAACCGAUUCCACCGACCAACAGGACCGGCGCAGCAUCGACAGUGCGUUGGUGGAAGAAUCGCGAGAAUUCGGUCACCUUGAUCGCAAGGUGCUGGACGUUUACUGGCAGGCGACGGGACGAGCGCUUGGUCUUUGGGUUGUGGUGGCCGUGUUGACAAUGCAGAUUUCCCGAAAUCUUACCGACGCCUGGCUGGCCUACUGGAUCGGUACAACAAAUAAUCCGUUGCCAGCACCACCAUCCAAUGACACUUCGGACACGGUGGAAUUCAUCGUGCUGCAGACGGAUAACUCCAGCAUCGCAGACACUUCCUUCUAUUUGGGAAUUUACGCUGGGCUUGCCGUGGGUAACAGUUUCCUUACCUUGCUGAGAGCGUUCCUGUUCGCGUUGGCAGGACUAAAGGCAGCCAAAGCUAUCCACGACCGAUUGCUCAACAGUGUCGUAUAUACUAAACUGCAAUUCUUCGACAUUGUUCCGUUGGGGAGAAUAUUGAAUCGAUUCUCUUCGGAUGUAUACACGGUCGAUGACACUCUGCCGUUUAUACUGAAUAUUCUACUGGCACAGUUCUUCGGAUUACUCGGAGCGCUUCUCAUCAGUCUGUACGCCAUGCCCUGGCUGGGGUUACUUGUCGUGCCGCUGGUUCCGAUCUACUUGACGCUACAGAACAAGUACCGGUACGCUUCACGAGACAUCAAGCGUCUGUCAAGUAACGCCUUGUCACCGCUCUAUGCGCACUUCACCGAGACGCUGCAAGGGCUGAGCACCAUCCGGGCCCUACGGGGCGAACGUCGAUUUCAGCGAGACUUUCUUUUUAAGCUCGGCGAAAGCAUCAAGGCGCAGCUGUCGGCGGCCGCGUCUCAGCAGUGGCUCGGCUUACGGUUGCAACUGCUAGGGGCUUUCUUGGUCGGUGGUUCGGGUCUGCUAGCAGCGAUUACCUCCGCUCACAUGACCUCCCCCGAGCUGGUCGGUUUGGCCAUUUCAUACGCACUCUCCAUCACUGGCCUGCUCUCGGGGCUGCUGUAUGCGCUGGCCGAAACGGAGCAGGAGUUUGUCGCGAUCGAACGUAUCGAUCAGUAUUGCCGGUUGGAGCGGGAGGUCAAUGCCGAUGGUUCGGCCGAUCCGCCCUUUGGGUGGCCCUCGCAGGGUGUGGUCGUGUUCGAAAACGUGCACAUGCGUUACCGCGAACACCUUUCCUACUCGAUCAGAGGGAUCGACAUCAGCGUGAAGCCGUGCGAACGUGUGGCCCUGGUCGGCCGGACUGGAUCGGGCAAAACGUCCAUCCUGGCCUCACUACUACGAGUCGCUCCACUGGAUAAGGGUACCAUCAACGUGGACUUUGUCAACAUUGCCACCCUUCCACUGGAUGUGCUGCGCAGUCGGAUCGCACUCAUUUCCCAGGACCCGUUCCUAUUCAAUGGGACGGUACGCGAAAAUCUGGACCCACGCGCCGUGCAUAUCGACUCAGAAAUAUGGGAAGCAAUCACGUGCUGCCUGGCUAACCCGCUCGUGCAGGCCCUCGGUGGACUGGACGCCAAAUUGGACGUGAGCGGAUCGAACCUAUCCGCCGGACAGAAACAACUACUCUGCCUUACGCGAGCACUGCUGAAAAAAUCCAAAAUCGUCCUCAUCGACGAGGGGACCGCCAACCUUGACUUUGAAUCCGAAUCCGCCAUCCAGCUCGUGCUGAAGAACGCCUUCCGCGGUCGGACGGUCAUCGUGGUGGCACACCGGUUGAGCGGCGUCCUAGACACCGACCAGGUGCUGGUGAUGCAGGAUGGUACGGUCUGUGAACAGGGUGCGCCGCAGGUUCUUGCCACCCAGCCGGACUCUCUGUUCUAUGCGUUGCUGCAGGAGCAGCAGAAUUCGGCAUUUUUCGUUACCAGCAAAGGAUAGACACGCGGCCACCAGUAGACUGGAAGCGUUAGAAGAUGAUACCGAUGAGACUGUGUGGCCGUCUCGAUCGACUUGCUUGCCACCAUCUUACUUUAAAUGUAUAUUACUGUCCAAUUUUAGAUGCAGAUUACAUAUAGACUAAUAAAAAUUUUAUCGUGCAAUUCUCCGUUGGAGUUGAAUCCUUAACUUUAAAUUGAAAUUCGGAUAAGAUUUUGUUCGUAAACGAUAACCCCUCGCUUCAUUAUUCGCGGCUCCAU